UAUUAUGAAAUAUUUUUUAUCUUCUAUGAAAAAUGAAUAUUUUUUUUUUAUAUGUAAAUUGUAACAAUAUCUUAACUUUUAAAAAACGAAAAGAAAUAUAUAUUUAUUCGAUUAUAAUAAUUAAUAAGUAAUUAUUAAUAUAAUUCAUUCAAUUCUUUAACAAUCGAUUAUUAUUUAUCAAUUAUAUAAUAGGUAAUAAAUAAUAAUUGAUUAUAAUUAAUAUUUUUUUGAUAAUUUUUAUCUAUAAUAAUAUUUAAUAAAAUGAAUAAUAUAUCAAUAUUGUCAAUAGAUAUAAUUAUUGGAGUAAACUUUAAUCGGUUAUAAUUAUUGAUUAAUUUGUAAAAAUGUAAUCAAUAGAUGUGUCAAUACAAUUAUUGUAAUCGAUUAUUGAAAUACCAAUAUCAGGGAAAUUAUGAGAGUUCGAUAUAUCGAACUUUCAUUGUCCAGGAAAUAGUAUUAAUAUUUUUUAAUAUUAAGGAAAUGUGAAAUAAUACUUUUAAUAAUUUAUUAUUAAUUAUGAUUAUAAUAAUUAUUCAUGCAUUCGUAUACUAUAGUAUGAUUUCUUUUAUAACCUCACUUUUUUUCAAAAUGAUAGUUUGAUAGUUUUGCAUUGCGAUAGUUUUGUAUAUUGGAAUUGUAUAAAUUGAUGCGUAAGAGACAUUUUAAAUACAUUGUUGUUUUUUAGUGUACGAAUCAUUGUAUUAAAUCAUACUGUUUUUAUUAAAUCUUAUAAUGUGCAUUUCUUAAAUUUUAUGUUCUAUUUUAUUUAUUAUACGAAACAGAAAAGUAAAAUAUAUAAAUAUAUAAGUAAUGAACUUUAUAUAUAUAAGUAAUGAAGUAGAGAAAAAAUAAAAAACUUCAGUAUUAAAUUAUUACAUUUUUAAUUAUUACAUUUAAUCUCAUUAAUUUAAUAUGUACUGGUAUGUGUUGUUUUUUAAUAAUUAUACGUAAUGGCCUAUAUUUCAAAUAUUAAAAUUCUUUCUUAUAUCCAAACUCAACACUAUGAAAAAAUAUGUAAAAAAUAAUCGUAGAUCAAUUAUAUUAUUUAUAUAUAUAUAUAUAUAUAUAUAUAUAUAUUUAAAACAUUAAACAUAUAUAAAAUACAUAUAAGAUUCAAUACAACAGCUUUCAUAUCUAAAAUAUAAUAAAUAUUUUAAGCUCGCGCCAAAAGGUUAAAAUAAUUCGAUAUUCUAUCAAUUCCGAAAGAAGAAAUAUUGUUGCCGUGAUACGAUAGUUUUUUGUUUGCAAAAGAUACGCGAUUAGAUUCGAGAAAACAAGACUCUUAUAUUUAGUUUUGUUCUGUGUUCUAUCAAUAUAACUAGAAACGUAACUUCGAAAUCGAGCAUGUACGACGAUUGCAUAUUUCUUUCGUUGCGAUUUCCGCAAAAACUGUGGCGUAUAGUGAAUGAAUGUAAGAGUGGCGCGAUACGUUGGAGUUUAAAUGGCAACACAAUUCUUCUUGAUUACAAGAAAUUUCAAGAACAGUAUCUCGACGCGGGCAAUUCUAUCUUCAAAACGAAAAAUAUUACAAGUUUUAUCAGACAAUUAAAUCUUUAUGGUUUCCGGAAAGUAACAUCCCAUAAUAGAGAUCCGAUUUGUAAUUCUCAUAAUCCGGACGUUCACGAAUUCUUACACGAAAACUUCCGUACCGGCAGACCAGAUCUGUUACCAAGGGUGUACAGGAAAACAGCGGGAAAAUUGAAACACUGUCAACGACUUAAAGUGAAAAAUAGCGCGGAAUUGAAUUUUUUAAGCAAGGACUCCGAUCACGUAUCGCGUUUGCAUAUGUGCCGGUUGGCGUUAACAAAAGCUUUAGAACAAAUAUCGCGAGAAUAUCAACAAACACAAAAUCAUAGAAUAAAAGAUGAAAAUACUUUAAAUUCUUCUGAAAAAGUAUUUAAUCUUGGCUUAUAUGCAUCACAAAAUCAUGAACCAUCCACCAUAGACUGGAUUACAAAAAAUUCGAUCCCAAUUUCUUCAAAAAAGGAAAACUUAAAUGAUACACAAUUAACUUCUAAUAUUUAUGUAAAGUGGACAAAUUUUUCUAAAAAUAUUAAUUAAAUUAUCUGUAAAAUUAUAUUUAUUAUUUGAAUUUUCAGUAUUAUUGCAAGUGUUUUAAAACACUUAAUAGUAUCAUAAUAUCUAUUUCAAAAAAAUAAUUAUGUAAAAUAGCAAUUUCUAUCAAAUGUAAAAUAUAAAGUUCAAAAUAUAAUGUAUUUAUAUUAAAUGUACAGUUUGUUUAUCAA